AUGGAUAAGGACACGGAGCACGAUACAGGUGCCCGAAGAGAGCGACCAUGGCUCUACGCAUGGAAUCGCAGGCUCAGGCAUCUCCAGGGGAUCUCUAUCCGCAAUUUGGUUGUGACACCUCCCCCGACUCGGGCUCGUGGCAAGACUAUUGAUGACGACGAUAUCCCGAACACCUUGAAGACACCCUCAAAGAUCUUAUCACAGAACGAAGCCCACUCCUUGCACCCCUCAAGGUCCUUUACCAACCUCAAGUCGCAUAAGAAUCAGCAUGAGAAUACGAACGAGCCCGUGGUGCGCUUGCGUCGCAGAAGUACUCUGCCCUGGAACGACCCCAAUCCUCGUACCCGACAGGUCAAACUAGAAGAUAUCACCAACAGUCGCAUGGCUGAUACGUUUUUUUCACUUCAUUGUGAGGGUUUGGAUGAGCCCAUCUACAUCAGCGAAACCGUCGAUCGUGCAAACAAUCCGAGUUUCCGGUCUUUCAACUUAGAUCUAUGUGGUCCACAUGUCUCUCGAAGGGAUGAAUUGACUCUAAAGCUUUGGGCAAAGACAGCCAUUAUGCCUGAAUUUAUUCUAUUAGUUGAGUUACAGGUGCAUCUGCGAUCUCUACAGUUUUUGGGCAAGUCCCCGGAGAGCUUCCAUCAGCCACUCCCUGCCAACUCGAUCCUUUUCCACUUCCCAGACGGCGUGUAUUCCAACCUCACCGAUCUUCCGCCAGUUGAAAUGCCUCUCCAAGCUGCAGGACAAAAGGCCACCGCUGAUGGAACUGUAUUAUCUUCCUCAUCAUAUGACGCUUUGAUGAAAUUGGCCAAUCUGGAUGAAUGCGUACAGGACGCUUUGGCAACUAGAGAAAAGUUAGAAGCCCAAAUAAGCUCAAUUCUUCAGCAUAACGAGCGCGCACUGAAGGUAACGAGCGAUGCUGCUGCUGCACAGGAAAAGCUUGCUCUUACCAAGCAGUACGUCGCUAUGGAGCGCAAACGAUUCCGCGCUGCAACUAAGCGUAAAGAGGAACUCAUUGCCAGCAUCAGAGCCCGGAAGGAAGCGAUGGAAGAAGGUUAUAGUUCUCAAGAAAAAAUACGCAGUCAUCUUCCCGAGGCCCAGGACAGGUUGAUUUCCAGCGAGAAAUUGCUUGAUCAAAACGAGGACGACACGAAAGGCCAGAUCAGACGUAUUGCUGAAGACCUUCUCACAAUCUAUCCUAUUGAACCUACCCCCGAGAAGCCUUUGGCUUUCACCAUCGCUGGGUUAGCUCUCCCAAACUCGACUUUUGAGGACAUCGACCGUGAGAUAGUCGCGGCGGCAUUGGGACACACCGCUCACUUGGUGUACCUGCUUUCCUUUUAUCUGUCGGUGCCUCUGCCCUACUCCAUCAACGCGAAUGGGUCAACGUCGUUCAUCCAAGACAACAUCUCUGCUUCACUUCCACAACGUACCUACCCCCUCUAUCCCGUGAGCGUUCAGUACCGAUUCGAGUAUGCGGUUUUCCUCCUCAACAAGAACAUUGAAUACAUCCUUACCAAGCAAGGAUUACGCGUUUUGGAUAUCCGACAUACGCUUCCCAAUCUGAAGUAUCUCCUCUAUGUUCUGACUUCUGGUGAUUCGGCGAUUCCCGCCCGCAAAGCUGGGGGUGUCCGGGCUCUUCUUGCGGGAAAUUCGACUCCCAACCAUUCUAGAAGCGGUAGCACGGACAGUGGUGCAUCUGGAGAGUCGGUUCAGCCGCGCAAAGCCUGGGAAUCGGUUUCCAAGAUGAACAUCAGCUUGGCUUCCAACCGGGUGAAACAGCCCUUGCCGACCGCUGGUUGA